AUGGGAGCGACUCCUACACCCUGGAGGCCAUGCAUAAAGCGGUUCACCAAGUGCCUUCGACGGGAAGGCCCAUAUUCCCAUGGAACUGGUCGAGCAGAGCGAGCAGGUGGAAGGCGCACUGACCUGCUCAAGGAGAUCAAAUCACAAGCAGCUGGCAAUCCUCUCCUGCAAAACGCAGACCAGGCUGACAAGGCCUCGGAGGAAAAGAUGUUUGACAUCGAUGGUGGCAAAUUGAUUGCAUCUCUCACGAAGGUCUAUGCCAACGUCAUGGAUUCAGCAACGUCUUCCCCAAAUACCAGCUGCUUCCACGGCCGUCGUCAGCCCACCAUCAGCAUCGAGGACUACCUAGUGCGCAUGAGGAACUAUUUCAAAUGCAGCGACGCAUGCUUCCUCUUGGCGCUGGUUUACAUCAUUCGCAUGGUGGACCUUUGUCCAAACUUCGUUGUGAAUGUGUUUUCGAUUCAUCGCCUUCUGGCCACGAGCCUCUUGGUGAGCGUGAAAUUCCAUGAUGACAUUGUUUUCAGCAACACUUUCUACGCAAAGGUGUGCGGCAUACCGCACGAGGAGCUGAACACAGCCGAACUGGAGUUCCUAAAGAUGAUCAACUGGAACCUUCGCUUCUCCAAGGAGGAUUUCACCAAAAUGUAUUCUGAGGUUGUGAUAGCAGCAGAGAAGGCCGGAUGA